AUGAGAAAGAAUUCCUCUGUAUUUUAUUCCUACUUAGGUGUUCCCAGUGAUGAGGAACAGGCAACUGGGCUUGAACGGAAAACUCUAGAGGCUAUGAAGAAAGGGCAGGAUCCAUAUAACAUACUCAAACCCAAAGGAAAUUCAGGAACUAAAGAGGAUCCUCAUAUUGUUCCAUCCGUCAACAGGAAGAGGCUAGUGGGUUGUAUCUGUGAGGAGGACAAUUCUGCUGUCAUUUGGUUCUGGUUGCAUGAAGGAGAAAGCCAGCGAUGCCCAUCAUGUGGUGCUCACUAUAAGCUUGCACACUAUGAUGUUCCACAUUGAAAAUCUGUUAUUUAAAUGAACCAAAGAAGAUUUCACUAUGUGGCUAAAUUGCACAAUGAUGUGCACUUAAAUCUGCAUGCAGAAUAUUUACUAUCUUCGUAUUUGGCUUUUAUUGGAUUUUUAAUAAACUCCAGUCUUGUUUUACUCUAGGUUAAUUAAAAUGUAAAUGAACAACAUUGCA